UUUAAAGCGCGAGAAGACAUGAGCGUAGUCAUUCUGACGCUAAACGAGGCAGGCUCACGAACUCCUGUCGUCUCGUUCAUCUGCCCCCCUUUUCGUUUCCCCUUUUCACCUCGUCGACAACCCAUCAUCUUUUAAUUUUUUUCAUAGUCACUUUCACAGCCCUUUAUCGACAUGUACCGGUAUUUUGGGGAGGUUCUGACUCGCGGAGCGUGCAACGCUCUGGCCUCGGGUUGCGUCGAGUCCGCUCUGCCGGCUUCCUCAUCUUUACUGAGGGUGCGUCAUUACAGCGAUGCCGCCGACAAGGAAGACGACCCGAACUUCUUCAGGAUGGUGGAGGGCUUCUUUGACCGCGGCGCUGCUAUUGUUGAAAACAAGCUGGUGGAGGACCUGAAGACCCGGGAGACGCCGGAGCAGAAGAGACACCGUGUGCGGGGAAUCCUCAAGAUCAUUAAACCCUGCAACCACGUCCUGAGCGUUUCCUUCCCCAUCAAGAGAGACAACGGAGAAUGGGAGGUUAUCGAGGGCUACAGGGCGCAACACAGCCAACAUAGAACCCCCUGCAAAGGGGGUAUCCGAUACUCCAUGGAUGUGUCUGUGGAUGAGGUUAAAGCGUUGGCCUCUUUGAUGACAUACAAGUGUGCUGUUGUGGAUGUUCCGUUUGGUGGAGCUAAAGCUGGAGUGAAAAUCAACCCCAGGAAUUACUCUGAUAAUGAGUUGGAGAAAAUCACGAGAAGAUUCACCAUUGAGUUGGCCAAAAAGGGAUUUAUUGGACCUGGCAUUGAUGUACCUGCCCCUGACAUGAGCACCGGUGAGAGGGAGAUGUCCUGGAUUGCUGACACAUAUGCCAACACUAUUGCCCACACUGAUAUCAAUGCCCAUGCCUGCGUGACGGGAAAGCCCAUUAGCCAGGGUGGUAUCCAUGGCAGAAUCUCAGCCACUGGUCGUGGUGUCUUCCACGGCAUUGAGAACUUUAUAAAUGAAGCCUCCUACAUGAGCAAGCUGGGCCUGACCCCUGGAUUUGCUGACAAAACUUUUAUUGUUCAGGGUUUCGGUAAUGUGGGUCUACAUUCCAUGCGUUACCUUCACCGUUAUGGUGCUAAGUGUGUGGGGAUUGCUGAAAUUGACGGCAGUAUCUGGAACCCCAAUGGCAUGGACCCCAAAGAGCUGGAGGACUACAAACUGCAACAUGGCACCAUUGUGGGCUUCCCCAACUCUCAGCCCUAUGAGGGGAACAUUCUGGAAGCACAGUGCGAUAUCCUCAUCCCUGCUGCUGGAGAAAAACAGCUGACCAGGAAGAAUGCUCAAAAUAUCAAAGCUAAGAUUAUUGCUGAGGGAGCCAAUGGUCCCACUACACCUGAUGCUGAUAAGAUCUUCCUAGAGAGGAACAUCAUGGUCAUUCCGGACAUGUACCUGAAUGCUGGCGGUGUGACAGUCUCUUACUUUGAGUGGCUGAAGAACCUGAACCAUGUCAGCUAUGGUCGCCUGACCUUUAAAUACGAGAGGGACUCCAACUAUCACCUGCUCAUGUCUGUGCAAGAGAGUCUUGAGAGGAAGUUUGGAAAGCAGGGUGGCCCAAUCCCUAUUGUCCCCACCGCUGAUUUCCAGGCUCGAGUAGCUGGAGCCUCUGAGAAGGACAUUGUGCACUCUGGUCUUGCCUACACCAUGGAGAGGUCAGCCAGGCAAAUUAUGCGCACAGCGAGCAAGUACAACCUUGGCUUGGAUCUACGGACGGCAGCCUAUGUCAACGCCAUUGAAAAGGUCUUCAAGGUGUACAAUGAAGCUGGCCUGACCUUUACAUAAGCAACCUAAAAUGCCCUUUGCAAAAAGAUGAUGAAAACAUCCAUUAUCUGUUGAUUCUCCCUCCACAACCUUUUUUAACAUAUCAGAGUCCAUCAAGCUAACCCCACCAAGUUCCUUCUCUAUAAUGAAGCCAUGACACGGUCAUAGUCCAAAAGCAUCGUUGGUCGUAAAGUUGUUUAUUGUGUUCUGAGGCUGCAGGUUUUACCGCUUUGCUGUACAUUUUGUAGCCUAAAGUCUCAAAACAAAAUUAAUCAUGUUUCUUAAGUAUGUCUUGAUAUAACAUGUUUAUUUUGUCCCUGAUUUUUGUAUUGAUCUGUGGUUGACUUAUGUGGUUAUUUGCUAAAUGCAGCUGAAGCGCACAAUUUUAAAUGUCCGUUGAUUGUUGUUUUGGCCCAUCCUUGCUUCCUCUCACCUGAAAAUAUAACUCUGCUCAACUUGGUGUAUUUUUGUCCUCUUUAUUUUGUGGUAGAUUUGACUUUUUCUUAUUGUUGCAAACCAUAUAAAUGGUGAUUGCUACAGUAAUGAAAUACAGUGCUAAAGAUGCCUUACCCCCAUGAGCAGGAGAUUUAUAAACAGAAAUUAUUUACUUUUUUCAUUGUAGCUUAUGCUGUACAUGACACAAAAGAAAACCCAGACAUUGUUUUUGUCUCCUUUCAAUAUUUUGCCCUGGAGAUGUUCUAGAAGUUUUUGCUGAAAAGUGUGCAGUACAUUUUGAUACAGGUUUUGUUUGUAUCAAAGCCAGUUCCUAUCCCCAUACAUUUGAGAGAUCUGUUCUUCUAGUUUUAAAUGUGCAACGAAUGUUAAAACUAGUGUACUCGGCGCACUUAUGCUUAAAAGUUGUUCACCAAGCUUAUGCACCAAUAUCUGGAACUUUUGUCUUGGAAAUUUAUAUUGCCUUUUUUUGUUGAGAAUAAAAUAAAUCAUUAUAAUUUAAUUGA